AGGUAACCUUUACCGUCAUUGGCUAAACCCUUGUUCGCCUAACCAAUCAGCAUCGAGGCGAGAUGUAAUGCGAUCCCGCCUUACGGAUGUGCUCGUACCGUAUGUUGCUGAUGCCUUAAGCCUCGCCUUGGUUUCGAACGCAUAGUAUAAAUCAGCGGGAAAACUAUGGGUAGUCUUUUGUCGGAGGCCUCUGGAUUUGAACAUUUUGAUUCGGACUUAGUCAUUAUGAAAUAUGGAUACACCAGACUCGCACCAUACUACGACUCAAGAUUGGGCUCGAUUACAAGAUGUUAUCACGAAAUUGUACCUUGACCAAGAUAAGACCCUCGAAGAGGUCAAGUCGUAUAUGGAGGAGCACCAUGAAUUUUACUCUACUGUUCCCAUGUAUAAGAAGAAACUUGCAGCAUGGGGUGCAUUCAAAAACCUCCGAUUUGAUGAGGUCCUUCAGAUACUCUAUCUAAAGAAGCAUCGCGAUAAAGCGCACAAACCAUCUACGUUUUAUAUUAGGAGCCGAGAGGUAGACCAUGGUAGCCUUCAGUUGUAUCUGUCUCGAAACCCCUCCGUCUUCGCGAAGCUCGAGGCCGGGGCAGCGCCCAGCCCGGAAGCAAUUCGAGACGUGACUUGCCGAACCCCUCCUUUAGGUUCGUCUAUGUCAAGUCAUAAACGUCUUUCGCCACGGCCAAAAUGUCCAACCCCGGUAGGACGGCGUAGCCCACUUUCCUCUUUCCCCGAGGAUAUGUUUCGGGCGCUUCAUAUUUACUUGGACAAAUCUUUUGAGACGGGCUUCUGGUCUUGGUCAGAUACCCAUUGUUGGAAUACCCAUGGCCGAUGUGGACCUUCAGGACUCUUAAGUUCACUACUUGAUAGGUGCGUAACCGCAGGCCUAUCAGUGUCUCGUCAAGCACAGCCAGGUGCAGUUAGGAAAGCUCUCGAUACCCCAUUUUCAAUGCUGUCGAGGGUAUUUAGGAAUCCUCCGCCAAUUCUCAUACCCAAAAUACUAUCAACUGCUACUCAUUUAAAUCGAAUCGGGCGCGAAGAGGUACGCGGUUUACUACUUCAAUUUUGUCAGGAUCUCAGCAUGGAAAUCUAUGGUCAGAACAGUCCGCUCGCGAGGUUCUGGAGAAGUUUCGUAUCAAUCCCUUACAUCGAACAGCGGGAUGCCACGGAGCGUGUCUUAGCACUUUGUGUAUCAGAAUAUGGUACGCGGCUAGGAUCGACUCACCCCUUAACUAUCGAGACAUAUCUCAAAUAUUUCGACGCCGUAGAAAGGGAGAAGGAUCCUAGAGUUCAAUUGCAAAGUCUCCAAUACCACUUGUCUAAGAUCCGCGACAAUUUUGCUGACUGGUCCUUACUCGGUUUGCUUAAAUUGGAGCAUGCAUUAGCGACUUGCAAAUUGAAUUUGAAUCAAGGAUUCCUGGACAAAGCCGAAGAAGCUUUAUCUUGCCUAAGUCCUAGUUCCCUGGCGGCUAGGGAUGAAUCCUUUCGUUGUGUCUGGCUUGGGUAUAUCAAAUGCAUCAAAAGGGACUUCCGUCAGGCCGAGAACUUUUAUAGGAACUCGGUGUUUGUAGCAAGACUUACUGGCUCUCGCGAUUUCAUCCUUGAAUCUCUAUUCCAACUUGAGAGCUUCUUAUUACAUAUAAAGAAACCAGAUGAAGCCGAGCGAAUUCGCGCAGAGCGAUUUCGAAUGUUUCGCAGAUUGGAUUCCCUUGUCUGGGCUGAUCAUAGUGAGCCACAUCCUAGAGACAACACUCCCGGUCCUACGAUCACGAUCGUACAUAUCGGUUCCACUAAAAAUCCUUCCAAAUGGAGGCCUUCUGCCUUUAAUGAGGUCACUGAGUACAUUAAUGCAUCGGACUCCCAGUCAUAAUAAGUCCGUGUAUUCUGGAAUUUCACAGUAGAAGGAUUUUUGCUAGGUUAGUUAAAUAUGGAUUCGCUCAUU